CUUUUAUUUCUCCAAUUGAAAUUGUUAAAUAUCCUAUACUUUCAGUAGACAAAACAAUGAAAGUGUACCAGAUCAAAGACGCUAUAUAUCCAUAUAUUUUCUCGAAAAGCCAUCUGCUUUUUCUUUUCUAGUAGAUCAGAGCUUGAUAGCUAUUGCUUUGAAGACAUGACUACAAUGCAGCUGUGGUUACACGAGUAUUUACAAGCCACGAGGACAAUUAAACGUUUGACAGUCUCGAAAAAAUCAAAAAGACAAAGCUUAUUUUUUUCAAUCAAGUUUUGAAAACUUUUCUUUCUAUUAAGAACAUAUUAGUUAUUAUGGCCGCUUCAGAAGUUCAAGAUAAGCCCGUCGUCGAAAAGAGAGACAAGAAGGAAAAGAAGGAAAAGAAGGAGAAGAAGGAAAAGAAAGAAAAGAAGGAGAAGAAAGAAAAGAAGGAAAAAAAAGAGAAGAAGGAUAAGGAAGAAAAGAAGGCUGCAAAGAAGGCUGCCAAGGAAGCUGAAGCUACCGAAGAACCCACUGAAGUCAAGUCUGAAACUGUCGAAGCUGUUGAAGAACCCGUCGAAGAAGUUAACGACAAGAAGAGAAAGGCCGAAGAAGAGGAACAAGAAGAAGCUGCUCCUGCCAAAUUUGUUAAGACCGAAACUAAGUCUGCUUUCACUCUCUGGUGUGGUGGUAUCAGCUAUGAAUCAACUGCUGAUGAUAUCAAGGAAUUCUUUGGUCAAUGUGGUGAAGUGACUGAUAUCAGAAUCAGAUUGGACGACAACACUGGUAAGAACAAGGGCUUCUGUCACAUUGAUUUUGCUACCAAGGAAGCUCAAGAUGCUGCUCUUAAGCUGAGUGGCUCUCAAUUCAUGGGUCGUAUCAUUCGUUGCGAUGCUGCUGACGGCACUACUCGUCAACGUGCCAAGGAUGAAAACUAUAGCACCAAGACCAAUAAGGUCUUUGUUGCUAACUUGAACCGUGACUACGAUGAAGAUUCUCACCGUAAGGCCUUGACUGAAGCAUUCAGCAAGUUUGGUACCAUUACUUCUGAUAUCAGACUUCCUUACAGAAGAGAUGAAGAAAAUGUCUUGAAGGGUAUUGCCUACGUUGAAUUCGAAACUCCCGAGCAAGCUGAAGCUGCUGUCACUCAAAUGAACGGUGUUGAAGUCAAUGGCCGUCCCCUCCGUACUGAUUUCUCUGGUUCUGAUGAUCGUGAGCGUCUCAACCAAGGUGGUCGUGGUGGCCGUGGUGGCCGUGGUGGUCGCGGUGGUCGCGGUGGUCGCGGUGGUCGCGGUGGCCGUGGUGGCCGUGGUGGUUUCAAUAGCUACGGUGGUAGUUAUUAAUCAUUUAUAUUUGUCCUUUCUAAACUCGAUUUGAAAUCUGCUAAUUGGUCAACAUAAUCAUUUGGCUAUAUGUACAAAAAGGAAACUAAGAAGCGUAUAAACUA